AUGUGUGGAAUUUUCGCGUGUCACCAUCACCCCGAUGUGCAGAAGUUCAAGCCCACGGCUCUGCGCAUGGCUAAGGCCAUCCGUCACCGUGGUCCCGAUUGGAGCGGAAACUUCAUUGGCGAUUCUACUAUCCUCGCCCACGAGCGUCUGAGCAUUGUCGGUGUCGACUCCGGUGCCCAGCCCCUGGUCAACGAUGACGAGACCCUUGCCCUCGCCGUCAACGGCGAGAUCUACAACCACCGUAUCCUGCGGAAAGCCCUGAAGACCAAGUACAACUUCAAGACCCACUCUGACUGUGAGGUCAUCAUUCCUUUGUAUAUGGAGCACGGCCUCGAUGCCCCUAAGCACUUGGACGGCAUGUUCUCCUGGGUCCUCUGGGACAAGAAGCAGGACCGUGUCGUUGCUGCCCGUGACCCCAUCGGUAUCACCAGCUUCUACCUUGGUCGCUCCUCCGAGACUCCCGGUGCUGUCUACUUCGCCUCCGAGCUCAAGUCCCUGCACCCCGUCUGCGACGACAUCAUUGCCUUCCCUCCCGGUCACAUCUACGAUUCCAAGACCGACAAGCUGACCCGCUACUACGAGCCCAAGUGGUGGGACGCCGCCAAGAUCCCCUCCACCCCCGUUGACUACAAGCUGCUCCGUCACUCCCUGGAGAAGUCUGUCCGCAAGCGUCUGAUGGCCGAGGUUCCCUACGGUGUUCUGCUUUCUGGUGGUCUGGACUCCAGUCUGGUGGCUUCCAUCGCUCAGCGCGAGACUCUGCGUAUGCAGGAGGCUGCCCACGCCGCCGCUAAGAACGGUGUCGAUAACUCCGACCUCGUCGGUAUCGACGAGGAGAACGAUCUCUCUACUGUCACCACUUUCCAGCAGCUGCACUCCUUCUCUAUCGGUCUGCCCGGUGCUCCCGACACCGAGGCCGCCAAGGAGGUCGCCAAGUUCCUGGGCACCAAGCACCACGCUUUCACCUUCACCGUCGAGGACGGCCUGAACGCCCUCUCCGACGUCAUCUACCACCUCGAGACCUACGAUGUCACCACCAUCCGUGCCUCCACCCCCAUGUACCUGCUGUCCCGCAAGAUCAAGGCCAUGGGUGUCAAGAUGGUUCUGAGUGGUGAGGGUAGCGACGAGAUCUUCGGUGGUUACCUGUACUUCCACGCCGCCCCCGACAAGGAGGAGUUCCACAAGGAGACCGUUCGCCGUGUGAAGAACCUGCACCUGGCUGACUGCCUGCGUGCCAACAAGUCCACUUCCGCCUGGGGUCUUGAGGCCCGUGUUCCCUUCCUGGACAAGGAGUUCCUCGAGGUUUCCAUGGCCGUUGACCCCCAGGAGAAGAUGAUCACCAAGGAGCGCAUUGAGAAGUACAUCAUCCGCAAGGCUUUCGACACCACCGACGAGCCCGAGACCACCCCUUACCUGCCCGAGAAGAUUCUGUGGCGCCAGAAGGAGCAGUUCAGCGACGGUGUUGGCUACAGCUGGAUUGAUGGUCUGAAGGAGCACGCCGAGCAGCAGAUUACCGAUGAGCAGAUGAAGAACCCCAAGCCCGAGUGGGGCUCUGAUAUUCCCGAUACCAAGGAGGCUUACUGGUACCGCUUGAUGUUCGAUGAGCACUUCCCCCCUACUUGUGCCGGUACCGUCGAGCGCUGGACCCCUACCUGGUCCAAGCAGAGCGAUCCCAGUGGCCGUGCCAUUGCCAUUCACAACGCCAAGUAUGAUACCGUCUAA